AGUCCGCGUUUUCCCACUGUUUAAGCCAGAAGCAUGUUGUAUAUAGGUACAUAUAUGUAAGCACUUCUGUACAGUGUUCUGUAUUACAGCGUGAUAGUCUGUGAGUGACAGGCUAACUGGUCCUACCUAACCUACGUUCUCCAGGUUGAUGUGUCGGUCGUAGUCAUCCCGCUACCCAUCAUGGCGGAGGAGAGCAGAUGGAGGACGGUCGUUCAGGACCUCUGGUAUCUCCGAGCACCCAUUGUCAUCGUCUUCACGCCCCUGGUGCUGUUACCCAUUCUACUUACCAUCCAGACAUCAGAAGCCAGCUGUGCGUUCGUGGUGUUGCUGAUGGCCGUGUACUGGACAUCAGAGAUGAUCCCUCUUGCGGCCACUGCUCUUCUGCCGGCCAUCCUCUUCCCGCUGCUGGGAGUGAUGAGCGCUGGGGACGUCUGCAGAAACUAUAUCAAGGACACAUCUAUGCUGUAUUUGGGUGGAUUAUUGGUGGCAAUUGCAAUAGAGAAGCUGAAUCUUCACAAAAGAAUCGCCUUGCGCGUUUUGAUGGUUUUUGGGGCUGAUCCUAAAUGGUUAGUAAUGGGUAUGAUGCUACCCACGUGGCUCUUGUCCAUGUGGAUCAGUAACACGGCAACUUCCGCUAUGAUGGUGCCUAUCGCCAGUGCUGUCCUCAUGGAGCUGCGUGCCAACCAAAGCUCAGUCAGGGGUACCGCUUUAGAUCCCGAAGUUAACAAUACGCUUUUGGGUGAAGUCCAGGGUACGAAUGCAGACACUGAACUUCAGAAGUCCGGGAAUAACUCCGAUACUGAAAAAACGCAGGAGAAAUCUGACAAUUAUGGGACUUUCGUAAUAUCUAACAACUUGCUAGCGUCGCAUGAGAACUCAACAGUGUCCAACAACUCACGCGGAAACAACGCAUCUUGUGAGACUAUCAGGAUAGGCGUGAGACAGAACACUUCCAAUGCGACUUCAGGCUCCUUGACCCCUGAAGACGAGGAAUACCCAAGGCUCUGUAAGGCGAUGAUGUUAUCGAUAGCUUAUGCCGCCAAUGUCGGAGGGUUGGCCACUCUGACUGGGACGCCACCAAACCUCGUUCUCCAAGGGCAGGCUGACAUAGUAUUUAAGAAGUACGGUUCCCAAUCGCCCAUCACCUACACAAACUGGAUGAUCUUCGCUUUGCCGUUGUCAAUCCUCUGUUUCUUCUGCACCUGGAUCUGGAUAUUGCUUUUCUUUCUUCGCAAAAGGUUCUGGCGCAAAGUCUCAGUGGACCAAAGACAAAAGGUCAAAAGGAUCAUACGUGGAGAGUAUCAGAAGCUUGGGACAAUGACGUCUGCCGAGAUCACAGUCCUUGUGCUAUUCAUCUUGCUCGCUCUUCUCUGGUUAACGAGAAAUCCCGUCUUUAUCCCGGGAUGGGGAGCACUCUUCAAGGACGGAUAUGUCAAAGAUUCAACUCCAGCCAUGUUUGUUGCUCUGCUUCUCUUCAUCCUCCCCAACCAGUUUCCCAGAGUCCUUUUCUGCAGAAAAUCACGAGGUCGUCCAGAAGCUGACUAUUCUCCUAUACUAGACUGGAACACAGUUACCCAGAAAAUGCCGUGGGGCAUUAUUCUGUUGUUCGGUGGGGGGUUUGCUCUAGCCGAUGGUUGUCAGAAAUCCGGUUUAUCACGGUGGGUCGGAGAUCAGCUGGCCGGACUAAGUAACCUUGACCCCUGGGUCACAAAUCUCAUCCUAACGUUCAUUGUUGGCAUGGCAACAGAGUUCACCAGUAACCUGGCAACGGCCACUCUACUAUUGCCUAUCUUAGCGGAUUUGGCCCUUGUGUUAGGAUUGAACCCAUUGUAUUUUAUGAUGUCCGCCGUUGUUGCCACUUCCUUUGCCUUUAUGUUGCCUGUUGCUACCCCUCCGAACGCCAUAGUUUUUUCUCAUGGUCACCUCAAGGUCACUGACAUGGCCAGUGCCGGCUUUGUCAUGAACAUUCUAUCUAUUCUUCUACUGAACCUGGCCAUCAACACCUGGGCAAAUGCUUACUUUGAUCUGCAUGUCCAACCCGACAUAUUCCAGGAGUUACCCAACUCCACUCUGUCCACCCCUCCUGUGUAGUCCCGGUGGGGUGAUCCUAUAGGGGCGCGGUUAUGUCAAGGGACGCCAUACGGUAAUUUGAAUUGCUUCGAUGAGAUCAGUGGUUUCGAUGAGAUCAGUGGUUUCGAUGAUAUCGAUGAUUUCGAUGACAUCAAUGAUUUCAAUAACACCGAUGAUUUUGAUGAAAUCAAUGGUUACGAUGACAUCAAUGGUUUCAGUGACUUCAGUGGUGCAGACUCAACUAUGGGCCAUGUUCAUUGCAAGCAAUGUUGUAAUGCCAUGAUGUGUUGGUCAUCACACGACAACAAGGGGAUACUUGAGAUCCAAUAAUAAUGAUGGAUUCAACUAUAAUAAUGGAUGUCAUAAAGUCCGAUAACAAAGAGGGAUUUCGAUCAUGUUGAUGGAUAUAAUGGAGCAAAAAGAAAGUCAGUGGUGAUAUCAUUAUACUGGAUUCAACAGGGAUUCAAGUUUCACAAAUGGAUAUCAUGAAGAGAAAGACAUGCAGUUAUAUUAAAACAUCUGUGAAUAAAAAUUCAUUCGGUGAUAUCAGAAGGUAUGUGUACUAUGAUUGCUGUUGAGCUCUUGUCAAUCCACUGUUGGCGAAAUCAUGCCGGAAGAUUCCGUGAUAACAAAGCCAUACACCCACGGGCUCUAAGGGACCAGUUUAUCACAAGAUGUGUUGAUACGAAGAGAUACAAAAGCAAUCACAUUGUAUAUCAAGCUAUCAAGCUGUAGCUCGUGAAAAUGAUAGGAAUAAUGGAUGUGUUAACACAUUUUUGUGAUAGUUUACCAUUCUAUAGGUCUCCAUUCCUCAUGAUGUCACAAGGUCUAAAUGUCCUCGGUUGUGAGUUCAAGUCCAGCUCAGGCUAGCUCCGUCACCGGUUGUACGCGGGAUGUCUGCCAGCAACCUACGGAUGGACGUCAAGUUUGAAGGGAAACUCAGGUCGAGAAG